AUGGGUACCAGCCCAUCACUGUCACAGUUAGUGGGAUGUGAGGCAUCUGCCUUGGAGACCGGGAAAACUGUGCAGAGUGGUGAAGUGCGGGUAGAGGGAGGCCUACUGGUGAACGUGAAGGAAAAAUCCUUUGAGAAGAAGGUUUCUGAGGAUAACGUGAGGAUGGUGUACGUGUAUGGGGCUGUAGCUGAAGACACCUUGGAUACGGAGCAGUUCACCUUCUCCCACGAUGUCAAGCAACCCACCUUUGGUAACUUCUACGGCCACAGGUCGCGUCGUGUCGGAGACCGUGUCGACGGUCACUACUACAUCCUCCUCCCUGACCGUCGCCUCAUGACAGUCAGCUACUACGCCGACAGCACUGGUUUCCACCCCACGGUGUCAUACAGCUCCGUCCAGAACACGGGGAUGUUCCAGGACUUCCUCUUUGACACCGAGACUAGAGAAGGAUUAGGUGCCAGGAUAUCUGAGGGUAGCACUUCUGCUGUCUUGUUGCCAGUCUCGCCGACAUUCAAUAGAGCUAUUGAAUCCAGCGACCCAUUGGCUGCGAGUAAAUCGGUCUCAGGAAAUCGUGAGAUUCGAGUAAACUCAGGGGUCGAGGUAUCAAGACCGGGAGAGACCUAUACAGGUUAUGUGCAUAACGCUCUGGCUACUACACAACCAAGAGCAACGACACCUUGGCAUACAGCUACACCUCCUCAUCACAGACUGACAAUUACACAUCCUAGACAGACACAUCCACCUCCUAGAUCGACAACUCCAAGCCAAAGACAUGCAACUACACCUCCUAGACCGACACAUCCACCUCCUAGACCGACACAUCCACCUCCUAGACCGACACAUCCACCUCCUAGACCGACACAUCCACCUCCUAGACCGACACAUUCACCUCCUAGACCGACACAUCCACCUCCUAGACUGACACGUCCACCUCCUAGACCGACACAUCCACCUCCUAGACCGACACAUCCACCUCCUAGACCGACGCAUCCACCUCCUAGACCGACACAUCCACCUCCUAGACCGACACAUCCACCUCCUAGACCGACACAUCCACCUCCUAGACUGACACAUCCACCUCCUAGACCGACAACUACAUAUACUAAACCGACAACUGCAAGACCUAGACCGACAACACGUCCUAGAUACUCAACUUUGGGUUCUGUAUCUACACCUUCGCGUCCUGUGCCCACAACUGAGCUCCCUCUUGUCAAUAGCUAUUUGCCACCACUAAGAGAGUCAACUCCCUCCUUCCUCUCUUUGACUUUGUCACCUCGUCUGAGCUUCCUUCCUCCACCAGGAGGUAGCAUCUCCAUUGUCUUCCCGGGCACCAACAACAACGGGGCCGCUGGCAAUAGAGGUUCCGACAGCGCGACUGUCGGCAACGGAAGGAGCAGUGGGAGGAAUAAGGAAAGAGGAGGCGAAAGUGGAAGUAACAAAAAUGGAGCGAGUUUUUCACCUCCAGCAACCAGUAACGGAAACCCCAUCAAUUAUGCUGAACAAUGGAGUAGUGAGGGUGCCUUUGGAAGAAGAAUUAACAGGAUGAUUGGCAACGAGAACAACGGAAACGCCGCAGGCCAGGGGAAUAUCGUUAACAACAAUGGAAGCAGCUCAAGGAACAGGAACAGUAACGCCGUCAACAGCAAAAUCAGCAACUCUAAAUAUGGCAGUCCCGGAGGAGCCACUACCAAUGAAAUAAUUAAUAGUCUUGUUACCAAAUCUGUUAACAGCAAUUACAAUGGGUGGGUUAACACUAAAUACAGUAGCAAUGAGAGAAACGCCAAUGCCGUUAAAGUCAGUAAUUCAAAUAGCUCCAACAUAAAUAACGACAAUAACGAUCAAGGUGGAGAAAAGGAGAGUUAUAAAUCACUUCAGCCAUCGGAAAAAAAUCUGUCUCAAGCUGCCUUCAGAAGAGAGAUUGCGGAGAAUGAUUUCCUCUUUGACACUGGAGUUACACUCUUCGAAUUCAAGAAACUGCCAGUUACUUCAACACCUGCUAUAAACAGUGAUGACAUGACAACACAAGCUGCCUUCUCAGCCACGAAGAAUUCAGCUACCGCUAAAUCUAUAAUAAGAUUCCAUACAGAAGAUUCUUCGAUUGGUAGAUUCAAAGCUACAACAAAGGCACCGACAACUCGGGUACCUACCACCCAGUCCACUAGGCUUACUCUUGGAGCAUCUACAGCUCCUAACAUUUCAUUCAAUCAGCUCACCAGUCCUCCUACCAACUGGGAUUUCAAGAAAUCAACUACCAUUACACCCUUUCUUACUCCUACCUUCUCAGUCACAAAUGAUUCAGAUCUUAAAUUUAUUCCCACCCAAGCAGCUACCACUAGUUUCACAUCACCUAAAUCUAGAAUAAGCAGAUUCGAUACAGCAGGUUCUUCGACUGAUAGAUUCAGCACUACAACAAAAGCCCUGACAACACAGACACCUACCACCCAGUCCACUAGCACUAGACCUACUCUUAGAGCAUUCAUAACCCCAAAGGUAUCACUCAACAAGCUCGCCAAGCCUUCCAGUUGGCAUUUCAACAGAUCAACCACCGAUACACACUUUCUCAGUCAGGUUAACAACACAUUUGCUACCAGUUCAACUAGACAGAGUUUCAGCAGAGGCGCAACGGACUUUUCGAGUAGAAUUAAAUCUCAGGUCCCCAGCUUAAGGUCGUCGAAUGCCCCUAGCAGGAUUAUAAGACGACGUCCCCAUAAGAUGAUGAAGCAGCAAGAACAUGACAAAGGCGUUGUCCCCACAAACAUCACUAUUCCAGGUCUAGCAUCAUCAUCAGCUCCUUUGCACCAAGAACGUUUAAGUGACAAGGCACUGCCAUCUUCCAAACAGAGGACGCUUUUCCAAGAACACAUAACUGACAAGGAACAGCAAUCUUCCACACAAAGAGCAUCUCAAGGAGGUUCAAAUGGAAAGGCACAACGGUCUUCUACACAAAGAACGACCUCUUUCCAAGGACACUCAAGCGACAAGGUACAGCGAUAUUCCACACAGAGGACGACCUCUUCCAGAGGACGUUCAAGUGACAAGGAAUCGCGAUCUUCCACACAGGGAACUAUAUCUUCCCAAGGAGGUUCGAAUGACAAGGUACAGCGAUCUUCCACACAAAGAACAUCUUCCCAAGGAGGUUCGAGUGACAAAAUACAGCAAUCUUCCAUAAAGAGAACGACAUCUUCCCAAGGGAGUUCGAGUGACAAGGUACAGCGAUCUUCAACACAGAGAACGACCUCAUCCCCACCACCUACCAAUCCGUCCCUUACAUUUACAACCCUCAGUUCGUCGUCACGACCUACCACGACUACAGAUCUCUCUUCAUUUGAAAUUUUCGGCAUGAGAAUCUAG